ACACGUAAAUAAGUUGAUCAAGCUCCUGGUGCUCACUCGGAAGGUGGUUGUCUUUCUUUAGCUUUAAGUAUCUGUCGCUUUAGUGGUGUUAAAGUCAGAACUCAGUUUUCACAGAAACUCAUAGACAUAACGUGGAAUUGUUGUUUCACUUCACACAGGAAUACGCCAUGUGAUUUUGUAACGUAACAGUACGGAGUGAGCGGCGUUUGGACAACAUUCACUUAACGAGUCGUCAAGCUGCUAAUACGGGUUAGCACCGCAGACCUCAGCGUGUUCCGCCUGUUUCAGUUUCUCUCACAUUUCGUCUUCGUGGGCCUUUAGAUUCAGUAACUAAACCCAGCCCUUGGUUUAGCCAGAAGAGGAUGAACUGGCUUUUCCCCCUGUCCAAAGGCUCCGGACCUCUUCCUCCUCUGAACAGCUUACAGCAACAAAGACAGAGGCAGAUCGAGUCACUUAAAGCCGCUCACCCCAGCCUUGCAGAGAUUCAAAAGGAUGUGGAGUACAGGAUACCAUUUACAGUCAACAACUCCACCAUUAGUGUUAAUAUACUGCUGCCUCCUCAGUUUCCUCAAGAGAAGCCAGUGGUUAGUGUCUAUCCUCCUGUUGGUCACCAUUUAGUAGACAGCAAUAAUGGCACAUUGGUCACAAGUUCUCUCAUCACGAAUUUCGGAAUGCACUCAGAUCUGGGUAAAGUCAUUCAGAGUCUGCUGGAUGAGUUCUGGAAGAGUCCUCCUGCCCUGAUGUCAUCUGGCCCCACAGGCUUUCCAUACAGUAUGUACAAGCCAUCAGGCAUCCCUCCUUACCCAGCUCAGGGUUUCCAUUAUGGUCCUCGCCAUGUGGGUCCCAGUCAGACCCCGCCACCUGCUCCGUCUCCAGCUCCUAUCCCUCACCCAGGCGUCGACAGUGCUCACGGGCCCCCUCGAGCUCCAGUCCCAUAUGGACUCAUCACUGACCUCCCACUGCCGGUUCCUACAGGAGACUCACAGGCUGGGCUGAACGGACACAUGUACAAGAUGCCUGAAAUCCCAGAGUCUUUUCCUGAACUCUGUGAAAAGAAUUUGACCCAGUUGUCAGACAUGUCUGAAAACGAAGAUGUGCUGCUUGAAUUCUUUAUUACUUUGCCACAACUCAAACAAGUCACCAGUGAUAAAGAAGAGUUGGUCAACAGUAUUAUUGACAUGGCCAAGAAGAAUCUUCAAAUGGAGCCACAGCUGGAAGGGAAAAGACAAGAAAUGCUCUACAAAUACGAACAGCUGACUCAGAUGAAGUCAGCCUUUGAGACAAAGAUGCAGAGACAGCAUGAACUCAGUGAGAGUUGCAGUUUAAGUACUCUUCAAGCCCGAUUGAAAGUAGCCGCUCACCAGGCUGAGGAGGAAUCGGAGGAGACGGCUGAAAACUUCCUAGAAGGACGCACCGACAUAGAUGAAUUCCUUACAAGCUUUAUGGAGAAAAGAACGAUUUGCCACAGCAGAAGGGCCAAAGAGGAAAAGUUGCAACAGUCUAUCAACACACAUGGACAGUUUCCGACCAGCCAUUAGAACACAAGGUUUGGUAUUUUCUCAGCCAACUGCUGCCAGCUGAAAGGUUUAACAUGUUAGAGGGGACGAAAAGCACACUGAGUCAACAAGGAAUUCAAGGAGACAUUGGAAGAUAAAGAAGGCAACUGUGGGCUGAAGACGGAAGCUUGCUGUGCCCAGAUCUGGGCUAAAAACAUAGUUUUAAGAGUGAUUGUUUGAGUGCAAGAUUGAGAAGUGAUUGAGUCACCAGUGGAGGCCAAAAAGGCUUUUUCAGUCACAUUACUAAGAUUGAUGACACUGUGGAUAAUUUCAGUUGCACAUGCAGUUUGUCCACUUUUCACUUGACAGUGGAUGACAGACUUGUUUUUAUCUUUUCUUUUCUUUCUGAGAUGUAUUUCACCUUGCUUAGUAAGAGCAGCAUCUACAUUGAGUCAGGGUGGUUGAUGCAAAGUCAUUUGGAAGAGCAUAAACAUUGCAUGGAACAGUAUUCGCAGUCUUACAUUUUCCAUGCAGUAAAUGAGUGUUGCCAUAAAGUUACUGGUAAAUUGCCAAUGUUUGAUUUAUCAGCAAAAAAGCAAGGGCAGGACUUUAUGUUAGAGAGAAAUUCCCCUUGGCUGUCAAAAGGUCAAGCUGGUCCUGCAAUCUGUGGUUGGUUCUGUUUUGAGUUGAUGAAUUUGUCCCCCUUAAAGGUAAAGAUAUGUUUGGCUGUUCAGAUGUCAACAGUCUGUUUUACUGACCUUUAAACAAAGUCCUGAACUCCAACUGCUAUUGGUGUGUUUGCAUAGUCAUCUAUAAUUCGAUUACAAAACAAAGGCAGUACUCUGCUUACCCAGUAACUGAGUUAUGUGUACGGUUUGUCACAGUCUAGUCCACAUUUUCAAUCAUUCUGCUCAUGCUUGUAAGAGGUCAGUGUGAGCUGUCUAUUUGGUGCCUCUGGUCAUGGUUAAUAGUUAUUAACUGAAGGAACUUUCUUCAUAUUGUCUUUUUUAUUUGUGGGGCGCUUGGAAAAUGUUUACCACAUGCUAUUAACCAGAUUAACACCUACUAUGCAGACUCAGGGUAUGUGGAAAUAAGAGUACUGUGAACGGUUUAAUCACUCUAACCAUAAUGCUGUGUUUUACAGUAAUCGAGUUAUUUGUGUGUAUGUGAACAUACUGAUUUAGUUUUACAAUGUUUGAGCUUGAAAUUUUUCCUCAACCAUCAGAAGAUAUGGGAAAGUGCUGAGGAGUAUUAGGUUAAAUGCUGCAGUAAAACUCUACAACAUUGGAUACUGUAUUUAAAUAAUGUUAAUAAUAGGCUAUAUUGUAAUCAAAGACUCAGACACCUUGUAUCAUAUGUUCUUAUUUAAUUUGUUAGAGUAAUAAAGCAUUUAGAAUAAAUAA